AUGGAGUCAAGUGACAGUAGCAGCUCUGAUUCUAGUAGUGACAGUAGUUCUGAAGAGGACAAUCAAGUCAAAUCAACCCCUAAAAUGAAAAUUGUAAAUAAGAAUAAUAUUGUUAGCAAUCAUCUUAUAAAGAAAGACAAAACAAAACCAUCACCAGCUAAAAGAAAAAAAGAAAAAAGUUCAUCAUCUAGUGAGUCUGACAGUAGUAGCUCUCAGUCAGAUGAAGAGGAAGAACUCAAGACUCCUGUCGUGAACGGGAAAAAGAAAUCUAAGAAAGACAUGAAAACUCCCCCAGCAAAAAGUGACAAAAUUGUAACAAAGACCCCAUCCACAGUGCCUCAGACUAAGAAAAAACAAAAGGAAAAAAGUACAACUCCAUUCAAACGUGUUGAUGAGAAUAAUGUGGAGGUCGAUUAUCGAUUGGCAGACAACUCAUUUGAAGCUAAGAAAGGAGCAUUUGGUUCAUGGGGAGAGAAAGCUAACAAAGAUUUGAAGAACACAAGAGGAAAGUCAUUUAGACAUGAGAAGACUAAAAAGAAGCGUGGUAGUUAUCGUGGUGGUUCCAUCAGCCAGACU